UGCAGUCUCUCACACUGGCCCCGCCCCGAGUCCCAUCAGCCCUUGCAGACGGCCGUCCGCAGCAUUGAGCACUGACGCCGCGCGUGGCUGAUCUCCAAGCACGCAGCCCAGCAGUCAGCCCUGUGGAGGAGCUUAGACGAGAGGCUCCUGCUCUCACGGCCCGCGAGUCACCACGGCCUCACCCAUAAGCCAAGCGCCCCCAGCUAGGGAGGGGGCGUCUGGCGCCUGACUGCGCUCCAACUCCUCGCAAACCAUUCCGACGUCUACCUCUCGCGGCCAUUUCCUUUGUUGCCCUCUGGUGGGAUAUGUGCUGCCCCUCCCUUCCCUGCCUGCGCUCGCGAGACGUGGAACCAUGCUCGUGAGCAUGUUGACAGCCGACCACGCAGCCAAACACGGCACCCAAUUCACACCACCCUUCGCCGACUCUCUCUCCGACGCCUCGCCCUCGACCCGCUCGCCGCUGUCCAUCUUUAACCUGGCCUCAUGGCGCCCUCAGUACCCCGUCACUCCCUUGGAGCUCCCUCCUACCGUCCUCUCCGAGCACGUCCUCUCGAAUGGAGCCAUAAAACCCGCCAAAAACAUCAUGUUUGCGGACCCCGAGGCCUCUCGCCCGCUUUCUUUUGACCAGUCCCGGCCCACUUCGUCCGGCAGCGGAGCCUCAGAGGACACCAGACGCAAGAAGCGCGCCCCUCGCGCCAAAACAACCUACAACCUCGCCCAUCCGCCCCCACCCAUCCGUCCUAGCAAGAAGCUCCAUCUGCGGCCCAAGGUCUACCUCCAGCUGCAGCAGGUGCUUCCCUCGACGCGACCAAAGCCCGUGUAUGAAGUAAUCCCGUCCGCCGUUUUUGUGCCCAGGCAUGUCCGGAAGUUUGCGCGCGUCUUCAAGUCCAAGGACAAGCUCGGGCCAUCUGACCUCCUCAUUGUGAAGGCUGAGCAAUACGGACUGACCGAUGACGAAGACAGCUCCGACGACGAGCGCUUCAGCUCCCGCGAUGUCAUUGGCGUCAUAUGCACCGGGAAGAAGGAGGAGAACAAGCCAUGCAAGACGGAGAUCUUGAUGGACGAUGGUUCCAACUGGGAUGCAGUCCCCAUGCCCAAUGGCGGCUACGAAUUCGUCUGCACGGACGAGCAUGGGCUGCAGCUCAAGUGUCGUUGGAUAGCGCGCCACAGUCCGUCCAGACGUGCUUCCUCUCUGCCCAGUCCAGGGUCGCUCGAGGACAAGAAGUUCAUCUUCAGUACCAUCAGCACCAACUCGAGACGGCAUCCCAUUAUUGCUACCAUGACUCGCUCCAGUAUCGACGUCUUCGAUUCGUAUACGAUGCCCACGACCACAUCAUCCCAUGCGGCUUCACCCGUCCACACUCCCCUUCAGACCCCCUCGGUUGUGUCGGACGCCGGCUUCUUCAUCGACGCUGAACACCUGAACGCUGAACGUGCCCCUAUAAUAACAGAACAUACUCUUCGCAAACUAAUUACAAUCUCUGGCAUCUGGGUUGGCUUUCGCGAGGGCUGGUCGAAUGUGUUUAGCUACAACAAAGCACCAUGUCUUACACCCCUGAACACAUGUACUCCCGCCUCAGCUUCAACCUCCAAAUCCCGCCCUGUGGUCCCUACGCGCGUUGUAUCUAUGCCAGUGUUCGACUCCCCCGCCACCCCUACCUUUCCGGAUGAAAAUCGUCGUACUCUGCCUAAACUCCUCCGCAGCAGCACCCAGAUUAUAAAUCGCCAUUCCGUAGGUCGGACACCCUCCCCCUCCGGUGCGACCUCCACCACGGGAUCUCCUACAACCCCCGAGCCUGCCCGGGCCAAAAGAUCAAAUUCCACUGGCUCGGCAUUCUCCUCAACACGCGGCCGAAACAGCCUCCGCAAGCGUUUCGGUCUGACUCCUGAAGACCUCAGCCUGCCAGAAAGCGAGGUAGAGCGUGAGCGCGAGAAAAGCAUGGAACUCUUCCGCAACUCUCUCCUGCAGCAAAAUAGACAGACGAACCCUGUACAGCCUCCGCCCAUUCGCAUCGCUCAAGCGACACCGCAGCACACGCCCACGCCAUCUCCGAGGCGCUCGACCUCCAAGAGAGUAAAAGCAAACUCUGUAGAUUACUCUGCGGGAACGACGGCGGGCCUGUGGGACACUGGUGACCGCGAUCGACCUACCAGCAUGUUCAUUGACGGAGAGGUGAAUGGAAAGGGCGGCAGGAGGCCAAAAAGGAGCGGCGGACGGUUGCGACGCAUGUUCGGGAUUUUCAAGAAGAAUCACAGCGCCUAAAUCAUGAGCGAAGCGAAAUAGUCCGUGGGCCGGAUAGCGUUUCAUUGCUAUACAUUUCCUUCGAGAUACCAGUCUGGGUGGUUUUUGUUUGUAUAUAUGUUUCCUUCUCGUGUCUAUUUCCAACAUCAUUGUCACAAACCUCGCGACGCGCAUAUCUCUUUUUCGUACCCGCAUUACCUCGGCGUUGGAACAGUGUCACGGCUGUUACUACGGCCAUCUCUCAUCUCUGCUGGCGUUUCUCGCCAUUCCUCAUUGUUACAAGCAGGAGCUUUAGCUCAUCCUCAGGCACCUAAAAGGCUCACAUGAGCACGGCGUUAUUCCUUUUGUGUAGUUGCAUAUUUUCGCGGCAGGGCGAGCCUGUUUUCGGCUUGUUAUGCAUUGUGGUUAAGAUCUAGCCAUUGUAUAGUAUCACUAUAGGAACUCUCGGUGUGAAUAGGAAGGAGUUGAAUAUCUUCAAGAGACGGAUCAUCGAUAACGGUGGGACCAGUC